AUGGUUCAGUCGCCUAUGAUCUCGUGUCCGCUCAAGCAGACCAACGAAAUCGAUUGGAUCCGCCCACUUAAGGAUUACAUCCGUCAGAGUUACGGUGAAGAUCCCGAACGCUAUGCUCAGGAAUGCGCGACUCUCAACCGUUUGCGCCAGGACAUGAGAGGGGCGGGGAAGGAUAGCGCGACGGGGCGCGACCUGCUCUAUCGGUAUUACGGACAGCUGGAGCUCUUGGAUCUAAGGUUUCCCGUGGACGAGAACCACAUCAAAAUUUCGUUCACCUGGUACGAUGCCUUCACUCACAAGUCGACCUCGCAAUACUCGCUUGCCUUUGAGAAAGCCUCGAUCAUUUUCAACAUCUCCGCCGUGCUCUCCUGCCAUGCCGCCAACCAGAAUCGCGCGGAGGAUACCGGUCUGAAGACCGCAUAUCACUCCUUCCAAGCAGCCGCCGGAAUGUUUACCUACAUCAACGAGAACUUCCUUCAUGCCCCGUCCACCGACCUGAAUCGAGAAACCGUCAAGACCCUGAUCAAUAUCUCGCUCGCCCAGGGACAAGAGGUAUUCCUCGAGAAGCAAGUGGCAGAUCUCAAGAAGGCCGGUUUCCUGGCCAAGCUGGCCGGGCAGGCGGCGUACUUAUACUCCCAGGCGGCCGAAGGCAUACAGGAACAUGCUAAAGGCGUUUUUGAAAAGGUCUGGUUGAUUGUUACUCAGGCGAAGGCGACGCACAUGGCCUCGGUCGCUUCCUACUAUCAGGCUAUCGCGGACAGCGAGGCCAAUUCUCACGGAGUAGCCAUCGCACGACUUCAGUUGGCAGAGAAGAACUCGACAGCGGCUGUGGGAUGGGCCAAGUCUUUCCCCUCGUCCGUUCCUCCGACUUCCAACUUGAGCUCCGAGACCGGUCCAACCCUGAUGGACAUCAUCAAGCAUCAGCUGGCUAAUGUGCAGGCGACUCUCAAUACGUUUAUCAAAGACAACGAUUUCAUCUACCACCAGCCAGUUCCGAAUGAGGCGGGGUUGUCCGCCGUUGCCAAGUUGCCCGCGGCUAAAGCUAUUCCGGUCAGUGAACUCUAUCAAGGUCAAGACAUUCAGCGCAUCAUCGGACCGGAUAUCUUCCAAAAGCUCGUCCCAAUGUCUGUCACCGAGACGGCUAGUCUCUACGACGAGGAGAAGGCGAAAUUGAUCCGAGCGGAGACGGAACGAGUCGAGACUGCUAAUGGAGAAAUGGCCGCCAGUCUGGACUACUUGAAACUACCCGGCAGCUUGAACAUUCUGAAGGGUGGGAUGGACCAGGAAAUGACCGUCGACGAGGAGUUUCGGCAGUGGUGCUCAGAGCUCGCCGGCCAUUCGUCGUUCACCAAAGCGUUCGACAAUUUGCAGGAUCGCAAGACGGAUGUUCUCGCGCAGUUGGAUCAGUGCUCGAAGCAGCUCGACUUGGAAGAAAGCGUAUGUGAAAAGAUGCGCUCUAAAUACGGAGCGGACUGGAGUCAGCAGCCUAGUGCCCGUCUCAACACCACCCUUCGAGGGGACGUUCGUUCCUACCGUGAUACCGUCAAUGAAGCCAGUGCGAGUGACGCUCAGCUUCUGUCCACCUUGCGGCAGUACGAGUCGGACUUCGACGAAAUGCGGUCUGCCGGAGAAACCGACGAGGCCGACGUGCUCUUCCAGCGGGCGAUGAUCAAGGCGGGCUCCAAGCAUGGCAAGAAGAACGGACACGGGAGCCCGUACUCUGCGACCGCCGAGGGAAGCCUGUUAGAUGAUGUCUACGAUGAGAGUAGCCUGUCGGUGGCAGACCAGAUUGCCCGAGUGGAAUCCAUUCUGAAGAAGCUGAAUCUCGUCAAACGAGAAAGGUCUCAGGUUCUGAAGGACCUGAAGGAUAAGGUUCACAACGAUGACAUCUCCAAUGUUUUGAUUUUGAACAAAAAGUCCAUUACCGGACAAGAGAGCCAGCUUUUCGAGGCCGAGUUGGAGAAGUUCCGCCCUCACCAAAACCGGCUGCUCCAGGCCAACCACAAGCAGUCCUCACUUAUGAAGGAACUCACCAAGAUUUACGGCGAUCUGCUACAGGAUAAACGAGUUCGGGCCGAGCAGUCGAAGUACGAGAGCAUCACGCGCCAACGGAACACCGUCAUGGCGCGAUACAAGAAAGUAUACGAUGCCUUCAACGGCCUGCGGUCGGGAGUUGUUCAAGCGCAAACCUUCUAUACAGAGAUGGCCGAGACCGUGGACAGUCUCAAGAAGAACGUCGAGACCUUUAUCAACAACCGGCGCUCAGAAGGCGCUCAGCUUCUGGGACAGAUUGAGCGUGACAAGGCGAGCGGUGUAUCUGAACAGGAGGACCGCGAGCGCGAGAAGCUGCGACAGCUGAUGGAGCGCCUUUCCACCGAACCCAAACCAUCGUCCGCUUCCUCCGGCUCAUCAACCGCGCCGUCCAAGGUUCCAUCCAAGGUGAAAUCCCCUCCGCCGCCCGUUCAAACCCCUGGAUAUCCAGGCCCCGGCAUUUCGUCCCCGAAGAUGUCGCCGCAUUAUCCGCCCACUGGAAAGCCACACGGAGCACCUCUCUCCCAUUCGCCGGCGCCUUACGGGCAAUACAUGACCUCGUCCGGCGGCAUGCCCUACGUGCCGGGACAGUCAUUCCAGCAGGGAGCGGCUGCACCCCUCUCGGAAGGCUACAACCCGAUGGCAUACCCUUUCCCUCCGUCGGCCUCGCCUCCGCCCAAUCAACAAGUCUACUCGUCGACGCCCGUCCCGUUCGGUAGUUUCAACGGCCCUACGCCCUCGACGACCCCGUCGCAGUUUGUGCCUCAGGGGUACGUUCCGCCUCCACCGCCUCCACGUCCCCAGCAGACCUCGUACCCGCCAUCGUCCGGUCCAUUUCCUUCCGGUCCGGGUGGAUACGCCCAAAGCAGAGCCUACAGUUCGAGUCAGCAUCACAAAGCCCAGUCGCAGUCCUCGCAGACUCAAGGCCAACCGGGAACCGGAUCCGGUGAUCCCUGGGCUGGUCUGAACGCAUGGAAAUAA